AUGAUGAUUUGUGAUGUAUGGGGUGUGGUGCCUGCUCGGCAAAUAUCAAGCCCGCCUCUUACGCCCUGUAGAUAUGGAACAUUGCGCAAAGGGCCGCUGCCUGGAGGUCGCCAGGGCCCGUCUGGAGCUGGCGCUGGACGCGACAGCAUGCGAACCGCCAGCCGAGCGCGAGGUGCUGCACGACCACCCAGCAGACCCUCGCAUCCAUCAUCCCCACCAGCUUGCUUGGUGUCGGCAGGGUCUUCGCGGGCCCAGCAAUCGGCACCCGCCACUGGUGGAGUACGCCGCAUGCGAUGGACAACCCAGAUGAAUUCAAACGCAUUGCGGGCGUAUUUUAGGGCGAAAGGGGGAGAAACUGGAGGUUUCGCGUAUCGGGCAAGGAUGCAUCGACUUUUUGCUGAGCUGGAGCCAUCUGUUACUGUCACCGAGCAAAACCUGGCAGACCGAGUUCGGUAUAUCUUGCGCUCAAAUACAUUUGAUGGCGCCGAACUCGAACGGCUACGACGUGAGGCUGUUCCCUCAUCGGAUGAAAACGCUGCGGCUGAGGGUGCGGCGCCACAACUUGCUGAGCAAACCGCAUAUGUGGAUGCCGCCGAGAAUACCCCAGUGGUGGCUGAUUCAAAUGAUGAUGGAACAGUCGCCCAGGAACUGGAACUAGAGCAAAUGAGGAGUACAUUGGAAGAGGCGAUUGUGGAAACGCGCAGUACGCCUCUCGAAAAUCGACCGCGACUUCCCCGCUUAGCCCUAAGCAAGCGGAAUCGGGCUGUCGUGAGGGCUCUGAACCCAAUGCUGGUUACCUAUUUGGAAGCCAGCCGGGACCUUUGCGAGACGGACUCAAUUCUCUUUGGCGCCGCACUGGCAGUCUGCCGUAUUAUAGGCGCCAAACUUUCCACGGCUGGACGCGCUACUGGACAAAGUAGUGCUAUCCCAGCCUGGAGAACAAGAAUUGAAGAACGUAUCGCAAAGGCUAGGGCUCUCAUCGGCAGACUGAUAUGCUUCAGGUCAGGCAAUACCAGGCCAAGGAUUGUGCGCACCGUCAGGAUGGCGUUUGCUGGGACAAAUGUUAGUUUGUCCCAGCCGGAUAUAAUGCAAAAACUGACGGAGCGCAUAGACGACCUGAAGCAAAGAAUCGCUGCUUGGGGAAAGCGGAUUCGGCGAUAUACCGAGAGGUCGACACGGUUCAACCAGAAUCGUCUCUUCCAGAGUGAUCAGAAGAGGCUCUAUAAAUCAUUGGAGCGACCAAUAGUAAGUGGAACGGGCCCAGUACCGAAUCAGGCCGAUAUGGUCGCAUUCUGGCGCAGCCUGUGGUCAGAGCCCGUAAACCACAACGAGGGCCCUUGGACGGAAGUUGUGGCGAGUCAGUGUGCGAGUAUUACGCCCAUGGACCCCGUCACCAUAACGCCGGAUGACGUAGCUGAGGCGGUCCGUAGGGCCCCGAACUGGAAAAGUCCGGGGCUCGACGGGCUGCAUCACUACUGGCUGAAGGGGUUCGUGAUACAUAGAAGAAUAUUGAGAAAAGCAAAACAAAUAGCUAUACAAAGAAAAAUUGAGUCGGCGUUAAAUUCUAUUAAAGAAAUCUGGAAUAUUGUAAAUGGAAGUAGGAAAAAUUCGUUUCGUAAAAAAGAAGAGAAUAUACUACUAAAGUUAAACAAUAACAUCGUAAGUAAUAAACAGGAUGUAGCAAAUGUUUUUUCAAGUCAUUUUAGUGAAACUAAUUCAUUAAGCAACAACGCUAGUGAUACAAACUCCGCACAAUUAAUUCUCAAACAAAGUGUGCAGAAAAUUGUAACAGACAUGCCUUUUAAGAUUAUAACUAGCCAUGAAAUUUUAAAAACAGUUAAGGAAAUGGAAAAUAAAAGAUCACAUGGUUAUGAUGAAAUACCCAUCAAGAUUAUUAAAGACAAUAUUGAUAUAUUGGCUGAAUCUUUAGCUUAUCUUUUCAAUAAGUGUGUGGAACAAUCUCUGUUGCCUGAUCAGCUUAAGGUUGCACGAGUACUUCCCGUACAUAAAAAGGGAAGUAAAAUGGGUGUGUCACCAACUUCGAGAACUAUUAUUGAUCAUGUUGCUACAAAUUUUAAUAACCAAAAAUUUCAUAUUGCUAUCAUUGAAUCUUCUUUAUCAGACCAUAAAAAUAUCUAUGUAGAAAUGAAAAAAGUGAAACCACCACGAAUGCAAAAGUUACGAUACGAAGCUACUAACUAUGAAAUUUUAUACAAGCGCACCAGAGAACAUGAGCUUGAAAAUGAAGACCGUAAUUUUGGAACUCUAGAAGAAUUUAUAAAGAAAAAUUUAUCAGAAAGUAAAGAAAUAAAAUAUAAAAUUAUCAAUCAACCUCAGAAAGAAUGGCCCGCAGUAUCUCAGUAG